UUUUGUGCGCUCUCGGAUAUUUGGGCUAUGGUGGCUACUACUUUCAUUGAUCUGGGGAAGUCUUCGGUUAUUCUACUUACGCAAAACUGAUCCUAGCUGGACCGAGGAAGAUACUUGGAGUUUUGGUCAGCUAGUGCCAGUUAUGAUGUUGCUGGUCCCUCUUCUGCUCAUCGCCGAGGGGUGCUCUGACAUAGCCCAUAAGAGCAGCACCAAAUCUAAUGCUAAUGAUGCCAGCUACACCAGUCUCACGCCACAGACUACCAGUCAAGAGCACUUUGAGUUGAGUUCCGUGAGCUCUGAUAGUGCCUUUCAAGACCCGCGAUAUGAUCGGGCAGGUCAAAACAGCAUUGUACCGUCUCAAACCAUUGUCAUACCCGGACUGCCGUUACCCAUGCAGAGCUCAGCCAAACCACUUUUCAUUCGAACUUUAGACCUUUGCCAAAGAGUGUUCCAGAGCGAACCAUGGUAUCUGGACAACAUGCUGUUUGCCAUGGCCACAAUGGUUGGAAUGGCAUGCUUUCUCUUCACGGGGAACGGACAGUCUAGUGGCACCCUGAGUGGUCUUGAUCUUGCUAUCUAUCUGAUACCUUUGUCGUUCGGUUUCCUUCUUUGUUUGAUCUUGAUUCCCUUAUGUAGAAUACUGGACGGUCUCGAGCCAAAACAGUUAACGGAGCGGCACCCUCUAUCAUUUGUCAGGCUUGCAAUUGACCCCGGAAAGCCUUACCGAAUUUUGCGGACUGUCUAUUUCGCAUCUUGUCCUAUUACAGCAAUCGUGUCUAUUGCAAUCUUUUCCUUACUACGCAUAACCCCUAAAAUGGUGAUUUACAUUCUGUUUGGUUGGUGCGGUCUCACUCUUGCAUUCAUAUUUGCUGCAUCACUUAUGGUCCCGAUCUCCAUCUGCAGACAGCUGUACUCACGUAAAGCGGUCGAGGUGUCCUGGGCCUGAUGUUCCUGGACCUACUUCUAGGGCUUUCCGGAUCUGAUAUUUGUCAUGCCUUGGUGUCUAUUUCUGUAUUUAGCCUGACAAUCUUGCGCUAUCAUUUCUUAAUGCUCCUGCAUCGGGUUUAUUGCGCUCUCUCAUGCGUACGUGUCUUAUCGGACGGAUCUGGGGUACCAGGAACAGAUACAAUGGCGAGUCAUGACGAGAUUGCCUCGAAACGAGGCUUCGUCAAUGGUUUACAGUAGACUUCAAUGGCAAUCAAGC